AUUAUUUUGGCCAAAAAAUUCAAGCCAAAGAUGUGCCCGCACAUUAUCAGAAUUCUCCUAUUUUAUUUGAUCAUUAUCUUCCUAGCAUCUGGGCAAAAAAGAAGAAAAAGCAGUUACGCGAUAGAUUAGGUCUUGUAUCAUAUAUAGUUGCUUUUAUAGUAUUACAUCGGCAGGGCUAUAGAAUCGUCCAAUAUUCAGGAUGGUUUUAUAUGUUAAAGUGGCUAUCAAAUCUUGAAUAUUACCAUAUUAAAGAACAUUACAACAAUGGCAGAGUAAUCUUCAUUAAAAGUUCAGAAUAUGUGCGAAUUGACUAUUUCAAUUCUGGAGACUUCUAUUUUCAGGAAAAAGAUGUUAACAUAGAUUUCUCGGAUCUUAAUAAUAAUUGUGA